AUGCUUGCUAAACGCGCCCUCUCCACCUUGAUCCCACCAAAGAUUGUUUCUGCUAAGAACCUGGGUUCUGCCCCUAACGCUCAACGUAUCUCCCAGGUCGUGCAAUUCUACAAAUCUUUGCCUCAAGGUGCUGCCCCUGCUUACAAGCCCUCUGGUCCAAUCGGCAAGUACAAGGCCAAGUACUUCGAUGGAGAAAAUGCUAGUGGCAAACCUCUUCUACACCUUGCUCUUUUCGUGCUAGGUAUGGGUUACUCCAUGGAGUACUACUUCCAUUUGAGACACCACAAAGACGGUGCCGAGCAUUAA